GCAAACUCCGCUACGUUACACCACUCUCCCCCGGCCCCGGCAUAUAUAAACGCGCGCCGGCCGGGCGCAACAAUGGCAAGUGGCAACUCGCACUCUUGUCGCAGGCUAGCUGCACUGUAAGCAAGCAGAUAAUUAAUGGCGAUGGCACCGGCGGCAACACGUGCCCCUCCCCGCUUGCUCUCCAAGAGCAGUUUCUUGGUACCGUCUCCCAACGCCACCGCGGCGACGACGGUCCGGCUAGCCCGUCGCGCCGGCGGGAACAGGAACGUCCUCCUCGGCGCCGCGCCGAGAAGCGGACGGCGGGGCGGUUGGGACGCCGACUCAAACUCCUCCUCCGUGGACGAGGACAUGGCGACGCUGCAGCGGCGCAUCCGCGAGACGCGGGCGGCGCUGUCCGAAGAUGACAUUGACAAUGGCACCGACGCCGGCGUCGGCCUCCCGCCCCCGGCCGAGUGGACGGAGCUGGAACAGCGACACCACUGGAGCUACAUGGCAGGCGUGCGCGGCGCGGCCGGCCUCCUCCAGGCGUUCCUCGUGAACGCGCGGCCGGGGCUCGGGGCCGGGGUAGUGGCGCUGCUGCUGCUCGGCUUGCCAGCAUCGCUGUUCCUCGUGUGCGCGCAGCUGAUCACGGCCGUAGAUUCCCUCUCGUCCGCGGGACUGAACGGCCCGUGGUUGGCUAAGUAAAGUACCUGUGCCGUGCAUCGGUGCAUGGCCGGCUGGAGCCGUAGAGGAACCGAGCACAACUGCCUCUGAUUGGAUAUGUGUUUUUAUAAGCCAUUCUGUAACUUCAAGAAUAGUUCAUCUCAACAAAACUUCAGUAGUUCACAAAAUGUCCAGGUCCACCCUCGCCGCCUCGCGCUGAAGUCUAAACUACUGCCAAGUACCCACGUUAUCUUCUCUGUUAUCACGUUUGCAAAUAGCCAAACACUGAAUAGUACUCCAGUCACAAUACAA